AGUUACAUUAUACAACAUUGGAUAAGGAAAUCAGCUGCUUUUGGUGCCAGUAAAAAUCCUACUGGUGACUAUUGCAGCCUGGCUCGUGCAAAAUAAAAAAUAUUACCGGUAAAACAUGAACUUCACAACCGCACAUUUAUUUCUCAUUUAUAAAAAUGUUUUACUAUUGUAAUCAAUUUCGUGGUUUUGUGAAUGGUUUCUUUUGUGCUCAUUAUAUAGAGAAUAACGCUAACGUGUAUAAUUCACCUGUGGCAGAGCUGGAGACAUGAGUAAAUCACGGUUCAGGGGAAACAGACUUCAAAAAACAACUCCACGUCUCGUAAUAUUUAGUCAAAAAAGUUAUUAUCAAAUCAUGACAGCCGCAUUCAUGAAAUUACUGUAGUGUAUUCAAACAGUACCGAGCGUCCUCAUGACAGCGUGGUGACGUCGCCGACGCGCUGCUACGUCCCCGCAGAGGGAAAGAGGAGGAGAAGAGCGGAAGAUGGCGACCUCAAACAAUCCACGGAAAUUCAGCGAGAAAAUCGCUUUACAUAACCAGAAACAGGCCGAGGAAACGGCGGCUUUCGAUGAGGUGAUGAAAGACCUGAGCAUCACCAGAGCGGCACGGCUGCAGUUACAGAAGACUCAGUAUUUACAGCUGGGACAGAGCCGUGGGCAGUACUAUGGAGGAUCCCUGCCCAAUGUGAACCAGAUCGGCAGCAGCACCAUCGACCUGCCCUUCCAGACUGCUUUCCAGACAGCAGGACUGGACACAAGCCGAUCAACCCGACAUCAUGGACUGGUGGACAGGGUGUACCGAGACCGGAACCGGCUCAGCUCUCCACACAGACGCCCGCUGUCAGUGGACAAGCACGGGCGCCAGAUUGAUAGCUGUCCCUACAGCUCUGUUUACCUGUCCCCCCCACCGGACACCAGCUGGAGAAGGACCAAUUCAGACUCUGCCCUGCAUCAGAGUACCAUGAACCCCAACCCACAGGACACCUUCACAGGAGGAUCACAGGACAUGCAGCACAAAAGAGUGCUUUUAUUAACAGUACCCGGCACAGAAGAAAAUGAAUCGGAGACGGACAAAACACACCCAAAGCAAAUGUGGGACAACAAAAAGAAUGUGUCGUCGAGGCCGAAGUCCUGUGAAGUCCCGGGAAUCAAUAUAUUUCCAUCACCUGACCAGGAAACGACCUCGUCUCUGAUUCCAGCUGCUCACAACACAGGGGGGUCUCUGCCAGACCUGACAAACAUCCACUUCCCUCCUCCUCUCCCCACCCCGCUGGACCCUGAAGACUCGUCCUUCCCAGUUCUGAGCUCCUCCAGCAGCACUGGCAACCUGGCAGCCACCCUCACCCACCUGGGCAUCACCACUGCUAAUCAAGUGGUUACAACAUCACAGGCAACACUAAGUGGAUCCGGCCAGCAUCGUCAGCAGGCAGUGGGGCCGCUAACCCUGAACACAGACUCCAGGAGACAGCCACCCCAGCAACUCUCCCCCCCUCUAACCAUCUCCCAGGCUAUCGCGAUGGAGGCUCUGACCCUGGAGCAGCAGCUCCCUCUCUACACCUUCUUCACCCAGCCCAACUCACAGGCCCACACCCAGGUAGUGAGCGGCCUGCAGCAGCACAGGCUAGUGCAGCUCCCCGCCCUGUCUGUUUGCACCACAUCCACCCUGCCCCAGUCUCCUCCGGGCAGCCAGACGCAGACAUCCGUGGGCAUCGACAUCAAUUCGGCUUCACUCCAGCAGUACCGCAGUAAUGCUGGGUCGCCAGCCAACCAGUCUCCCACCUCUCCUGUCUCCAAUCAAGGCUUCUCUCCUGGCAGCUCCCCUCAACACACUUCAAUCCUUGGCAGCAUCUUUGGGGAUUCGUACUAUGAUCAGCAACUCACGGCCCGGCAGACGAAUGCUCUGUCCCACCAGCAGCCGGCAGCUCACAUCCACUGUGGAACUCCUGGGUGUAAAGAGGUGAUUGGCUUGGGGAUCGGAGGAUGCCCUCUGACCUUCAGUUUGUGGGGAGCUGCGCUGGAACAGUUCAAUAUGAUUGAGAAUCCUGUCAGCGCCAAUAACCUGUACAGCCAGUGUUCCACCCUGAACUACUCCCAGGCAACCAUGAUGGGCCUGACAGGGAGUCAUGGGAGUCUACAAGAUUCACAGCAACUGAGUUACAUGAGCCACGGAAACAUCCCCAACAUCAUAUUGACAGUUACAGGAGAGUCUCCUCCCAGCUUGUCCAAGGAACUAACCAACUCGCUGGCAGGGGUCGGUGACGUCAGCUUUGAUGCAGACUCCCACUUCCCUCUGGACGAACUGAAAAUCGACCCCUUGACCCUCGACGGACUUCACAUGCUCAAUGACCCAGACAUGGUCCUUGCAGACCCUGCCACAGAGGACACGUUCAGAAUGGACCGGCUGUAGCGUGGGACCACCCGUGGAAGGGGCCAGGGAACAGCGCCCCUUGCAGGUUCUGAGAAGAAUAGCAACCCAACUGAUUGGUCAGAUGUGUUUGAAUGGUGUGCCACUGUUGAUAGUGGCAGCUCUGUCAUGUACAAUGAAUUUAAGCUUCUUGUUCUGAGCUUAUUUUGCCACAGCGCUCAGUUUAGCGCUUGCCAUUUGUCCCUCGUCGCAGCUGAUGAACGGGAGAUUCUGCAUCGCCCAGACUUAAACACGCUUUUAAGGUUGUCGAUUUGUAUUUUGCAUCAGAUUGAGCUUUGAUCUGGCUGAAAUCAGUUAAAAAAAAAAAAAAAUCCCAAUUUAAAAAUUAUGGCAAUGUGUAUAUAAUUCUUUUCAUGACGUCUUACGUUGACCAGAUGUGUCCAGGCUGCAAUUUAAGAUGUGCAACUUCUGUCGACACCCACAUGUUCUUAACUGCUGUGUUGUAUGCUUUUGUUAUUUAUUUGCCAUUAUUUGUUACGUUUUGAAUUGACCAGCAUUCACUGCCUAUUUUUGUACCCUGCCAAACUAUUCAAUGUGAAUAGUCAUAUUUUAUUUUUAUUUUUUACUAUUUAUUUAAAAUCUACCAGCACUGGUCAACAUUUCUUUCUCUUUUUUUUAUUUUUAAGCACAAGGAGUACUAAACCUCCCCAUAGUUAAUAUUUUUGGUUCUAAAAACAGAUGUCAUGCUUAAAAUGAAACAGCACUUGUACACGUUUUAGUUUUGUAAUCCGACUAGUUUACUUUGCAGUCUACGCAGCAGAAUUAAAGGGAAUCCUUACGAUUUGUAUUAUUUUUAUAUUUGGACAAAUUCUAAAAUGUAAAUGCUACUAUAAGGUGUAAAACGAUACACUACAGCGAUGAAAACCAACUACAAUGAGUCACUGUGAUCACCCGAGUUUGCCUUAAGUAGUGAGUUUUUUGUCCGUUAGAUAAUGGGAAGAAUAUUUUCGUAAAAAAAUUGUUUUAAAUAAAAAUGUAAUUGGUGAUGAGGCAACAAAAUCUUACUCACUCUUUGCCGAGUCUAUUUUUUUACUUGCACACUAAAAGGGAUUAUGUGCAAUCCUUAAGGAAGCAUCAUGGUUGAAACUUUAACCAGCAUUCGGGAGGGGGAGGGUUAUUACUCCUUGGGAUGUCUCACUGAUAAGACAUCAGGAAGGGUGAGGCUUAUCCAGCAGGGCACCAUUACUGAUCACUACUGAGGCGAAUGUUUUGCAGUCAGUUGCAUCAUUUUUGUAUUCUGUGCAGGACAGAUUUAAUAAGCUUUGACUCUUUAAAAAAAACUGAAAAAAAUAACUGAAAAAAGAAUAAAACUGUAAUGAUACAAACAUUUAGAAAAAGACUUCUAAAUGAAACAUUUGCCAUUGUAUUUCUAAAUUUAGCACAGUAUUAAUAGCUAUGAUGAUAACUUUGAGUAAGUAGCUUGAAAUGUCAUUUCAGUGUUUUUUGGGUUUUUUUCACACAUUUGCCUCACUAUUUUGUGGUGUUUGCAAUGAAGCUGCCAGCACUGCAAACUGUCUGUGAGUAGGGGGAUUUGAAAGGUCACGUUGUCACAUGAUUUGAAUGGAAUAAGAAGGCUGUUCAGUCCUGGCAUUUAGAGUAAUCCAGACAAUCUUAAAGCCAGGCAGAUUUAGAGCAAUGAUGACAACUCUGAACCACUCACAAUGAUUGCAGACACCCUCAGAUAGUGAAGGCAAUGUAAAAAAAAAAGAGAUUGAAAUGACACUAGAAGCUACUUGCUCUUUAAAACGACUCAUUUUUGCAUUAAAUGCUACAAAGCCAUUUGGAUAGAUUUUCUUCUGAAAUGUAAAACCGUUUUGUAGAGUACUAUUCAAAACGUUUUUCUCAUUGAAUUUAUUGAGUUUCCUUUCAAAUUUCAGAAUGUAAUGUAAAUGUUUUAUACACUACUGUAGAUAAAAUGGCAGAGAUUUUAACUUCAUGAAAGUCCACCUCUGCUGAUCACUAUAAAACACUAAGGGCUGGUUUCACAGACCUGGAUUCGCACUAGUCUUGAACUUCCUUACCUAAAGUAACAUCGUUCAGUACUAACCAGGGUCACAAUAGAAGUCAUUGAAUUUUACAAGAUUGUUAGAUAUUACAGUUAGACUAUCAACUUUAAAAUGCAUCUGUAACUUCUGAACACAAAUCGUUACUUUUGACAACGUUUUUUGAUGGAAAAAUGCAAGCAAAUCAUUCUCAAUUUCUUUAAUCAGUUAUUUUAAAAAAUCCUUUCUCAACAAUCUUGCACACACUUUUAAUACUAGCUGUUACUAAGUUUGUAACAUUGCCAGUUGUAUUUUGCUUUUACAAACAGUUGUGCAAAGUGGGCUUCAGAGUAAAGUGUAAAUCUGGUCCUGUGUCUUUCGUGCCAUUUCAAAUGGUUAGCACUGUUAUGUUUGUCCUGCAGAAAACAAUGCAUAAAGCUUUGACAUAAUGCAUUACAAUGCUGUUAAUACAUAGCUUAUAUAGUAGGAUGGGACUGAGUGAAACCGUAUGCAUACAUUUUAAUAGGGAAAUAUGCAGAGACCAGUAUAUUGCAUUCCUCAGGAAUGAAAUCAAUAUACCUUUCCGUAACAUAUGGAAACUGGCACUUUGUUAAGAUUGCUGGAUUAGCAGUAUAGGGGCAGUGUCCCAACCAGAAUGUAUUUAUUUGUUAUCUUAAACCUAAGGUAAGGUCUCUGUUACAUCUGUAAGACCCAAAGGUGGACCUGUUUCUAAGAUUUAUGUACAAAACUGUACAUGAUGAGUCAGUGUGUGUGUAUUUAUAUAGCUAUAUCUAUCUAUCUAUAUAUAUAAACCAUAUUGCAGCAGUUUCUCCCCUUAUUUUCAAUCUGAAAACUUUCCGAAGGUGAGCCAGUGCUGUGUUCCCUCAAUGGCUCUGUCUUUUUGCAUCUGUGACACCAGUGGUGCAGCAUUAAACCUAAGAGGGUCAUGGAUUGAUUUCAUGUUUUUAAAAGACUGUUAAGUGGUACACCAGCUCCAGUAUUUACUGUUGCAUUUCUAACCCAUUAGUUAACAUUAUAAUUCGAUUACAGUAGCCAGUGACCUAGGGAUAUAGGUGUAUAAACGCAUGAAUGUAUUUAUGUAUGUAUGAACAGUACCAACACAAAUUAUGGAAACCACUGAUUUACUGAACUUGGGGUGUGGAUUUUAUUGCCCAUUUUUCCUCGCUCAAACCCCUUACUAAUAUCUUGGUAUACCUGAAUAGGUAAUCUCUUCAAAACUAUGCAUAAUAUUUUAAUGACAAUUCAUCUCACCUGGUACACCGGAAAAAAUAUCUUUCUCGGAAAGCUGUGCAACUGGGCAUGGGCAGUUUACUGCCAGGUAACCUCACUCGGGCUACUUCACAUACUAAAUAUCUUUGUAUCCCUGAAUAGAUAAUAUUAUUUUAAUGAGCACUCUGUCCACACAGUGUUACCCCAAAAUAUGACCCACCUACUACCUUUGUAUGUAUGUAUGUAUUUAUCUGUCAUGCAUACCCUCCAACAAUUCAUAUAUUGAUAUUCUUAAAUAUAAAAUCAUUACUUCUUAAAAACACGCAGGUUAUUUCAACUGAGCAAUCUGCCUCAAACAAUUUAUACCAAUACAGAAUUACAGUUGGGCAUUUUUACCCCAUAAAACGGUACUGCAAAAAUGAGUUCCCCCCUGUGCGAGCUUCCCUGCUGACCGCUGUUUUAACUAAUGUGAGGCAAAACACUGUUAGAUUAGUCUUUGAAAACAUCUUCUGUAUGAAAAUACAAUAAUAGUUAUACUGUGGCACAAGAGUAAUGGGUUAAUUUUAAAGUUUAAAUUUAAAAUGUUUCUUUUAGAUGAAUAAAGUCCAACCCCUUAAGCAGCUACUCACUGGGAUCAGAAAAUAAUCUUGACUUCCUUGAGGGUUUAAUGUUGAAACUGAAUACCGUGGACUCCCCCCUCGUCCUAUUUACCACUCCACCCCACCCCCCACCCCUUGUGCAGCUGUUUUUUUAAUAGUUCAGAAUUCUUCUUGGGAAUUGCCUUGCCUGAAAUGUUGCUAUUGAUUACAUAGGGCUAGUUUACCCUGCUCUGUGUGUGUGUGUGUCUGUCUAUAUAUAUAUAUAUAUAUAUAUAUAUAUAUAGGUGUUGAUUCUGGCUUCAAAAUCUGCAUUAGAAUGGCAUUUUAAACAUGCAUGAAAACGAUGCAGUAUUAUCAGUACUGUUUUGUAGUGAUGCUUGUGCAUGUUGGUUAAUCUGUUCCCAGCAUUACUUCAAGGUUUUGUGUACUAAACUUGUCUUUUUAAGUUGUAAAAAGAUCAUUUGUAUUGCCAUCGAAGAUUUGAUAUUUCAGUUGAAUCAGGACAUUGGAACCCAUCUCCAUUGACCUAUAUUAGCAUGCAGCUUUUAAACUUCACAAAAUGUCCUGUCAUGAUAACACUUCGAGAAAGUGGCUACCCCUUUUCCAUUAUGUGAAAAAGUAGUUUGGGCAAAAUGUGUGUCUUGUGUUUAGCUGUUAUUGUCAUUGCAGUGUUAUUUAUGUUUUGUAGUUGUAGGCAUGUAAUGCAUGUUGUUGUUUUUUUGUUUUUGUUUUUUUAAAGGCCAGCACGACAUUUAUGAUGACAUGUACUAUAGACCAUUUUUACCUUUUUAAAAAUGUGUGGACUUUAUAUAUUGCAAAUGGAGCACUACGUUCGUUUAUAAUUUGUUUCCCUUUUUAAAAAGACCUGUUUUCUUGCUAGGUUCUAGCUGUGAUGUUAACUGCCUUAUACCUCUAGACUUGGCAGACAUGGGUGUAAAGUACUGAAUAGAAGUAAUACCUUGACUUUGUUUUACAUUACUUAAGGAUUAGCUUCAAACAGCGUUUGGUUUUACUGCCCUCUUAUCUUUGUGUGAUGUUUGCAAUCGUUCUGAAUGGUUCUUUCUGCAAUUACACAAAUACGGUGUGGCUUUCAUUUUCUGAUAACUCUGUCUUGUGUUCAGGAGCUGCUCUUCAGUUCUAGUUGCCUGUCAUAGACACAUAGGCUAGCUCAGCCAUUUUUAUAUUAGUAAGCACCAGCACCAUCUAGUGCACAGGGUGGUAUUGCAGGAAAUCUGAAUGAAACUUGUUUGAAAAGUGGCAGCUCACUAGAUGGCACUGGUCUAGACGCUUGAUCAGACUAUGGUACAUAUAUAUCUAUGGGAGUCAGCAAGAACUGAAGAGCAGCUUCUGAACUUGAAAGCACCUUAACACAGACUUACCAAAAUAUAUCAGAGCACAGUAUUUGAGUAAUUACAAUAAGAAUCACUUAGAAUAAUUGCUAACAUCAAAACAAGGUAAAAUUGGAAGCUGUUUACUUUUUGUUUUUUGUUUAUCAUAAACAUUUUGCUUAAAUGUGUUGAGUGAAAAUGGAAUAUGGGGUAACAAUUGUAUUGCUCUUUUGUAAUUUCUAUCCUGUAAAUAAAGCAUAUUUAGGAAAAAAAAACAUGCUGAAAUGAGCAGUAAAAAAACCAUCAUAUUUGAUUUUGCCCUGAACACAUUUAAAGAAAACCUUUAGAACAUAUAAGAAUUUUAGACUGGGACUGUGUACAAAACAAAAUCAAAAAAUGUAUUUUUAAUUUUUUUAAUCCUUAAGAAAACUACUGUGCCUAAUUCUGCCAAGCCUACCUAUACUCUGUUGCUGUGGGCACUUUUUAAAAGCUUUUUUAAAAAAAAAAAAUAAUAAUAAUAAUUAUUUAUAUUUGUUUUUCGUCAAUGACAAAAAAAAUAAUGUGAAUGACAAACGCACAGUGAUUUUCCACCCCGCUGUCUCUCCUUCCUGAGAGUAAAAUAAACCUGGUUCUCCAUCAAAUCAUCAAAGAAAAGAGAGGAACACUUUUCAGUACGGUUGAAUAUGUGUUAUUUAUUUUAUUGGUUUACAUAUUUUUUAUAGUCUUUUUCUAAAUGCUGCCAUAUGAAUGAAUACGAACAUGGCCGUUUUUGCAUACCUUUCAGGCUGUUUGUUUUCCAAUAUUUGCCCCAGCUAAACGCCUGGCUGUGAUCCAGCACUGUUUUAAUGUUUCUGCAUGUUUGUUUUUAUUAAGUCUAGUAGGUCAUUUGGAAACAGCUAUAUGAUGAGGAUUCUUCUGUGAACUAGUUGCGGAAAAAAGGGGCUACUGCAGCUUUUACAAAAAAAGAAAGAAAGAAAGAAAGAGUGAUGUCCCUGGUAUUUAUUCCAUUGACUUUUCUCUAAACAAUGCUGUUAUUUUUUCUUGCAGUUCUGUAAAGACGUCUUGUAUGCACACCCUAUGAUUGCUAAAGCUUUGUUCUGUAAAGACCGAAGAUUGUUAAAGCUCUCAAAACUACAGCGAUUUCAGUAGUAAAACCCAGUCAUAGUAUUCUUUGCUGUGGAAAAAAGAAAUAUCUUUUUUAUGACCACUCAGAGUAGAGGGAUUGUUUUUCACCCAGUCUGUGUACAGUAUACUCUGUUUAUUCACCCGAGCCAGCACAGCUUCAUCUAAACACUAUUGCAUCCAGAAUCUGAAAAAUGGGGACCCUUAUGCACUGAUUGUGUCCAUUUGCCUGUGGAUACAAUAACUGACUUGAUUUUGCCCAGAUCUUAAUUUUGCUAUUAUCUGAUGAACUUGAUUUCAUACAGUAAAACCUGUCCAAUCCAACAUCGCUUGGGACUGGAACAUUUAUUACUGUACAUAUAUUAUAGUAAACACAAUGCCUCAAUGAAAUCUGUACCUGUUAUUCGCACGAUCCUGUUUAAACCAUUCCCACAGAAAGACGUUCACUUGAUCCUAUUGUACCUGCAUGUGGCAUUCAGGUUGUCUACAUGUUGCUUCAAAUGCAUCUUCUCAGAAUGUCUCAAACGGUUUGCCUUGCAAUUUCGAAUUUGUGUUGUUUUUGGUAAACUUUCAGCUUUUUUGAUCAAAGCAUUUUUUUCUAUGCUUUUAUCAAAAGACAGCUCAUAGAGUGGAAGGUUACACAGUGUAUUUGCUGUUCAACGUUACACAGUGUAUUUGCUGUUCAACAACUGCACAUUCAGCAUGGCGCUGGUGGGACAUGCGAGCCUAUAUGCAACCUAUCGCUUUAUUUGAGUUUUUUUAGUACUAGUUUAAAAUGUACAAAAGAACAAUCACAUGGCCCGGUGGCAGACUGCAGUGUCAGAUUUCCGUUGGUUUUAAGCCAAGGGGACACUAGUCUAUAUCUUGCUAGAAAAUGUAGAAUGAAAUCUGUUGCUUCUACACUGUUGCUUCAGAUUUCAGGGGACACUGUAGAUAGAAUGCUGAUGGAUGGCCAAUGAGAUGUGUAAAUAAAACUAAUUGUAAAUAGAGUGAUGUUGAAAUGUGAUUAUUGUUAUAGUUUUUUUUUUUAUUAUAUUAUUUUGAACAGAAUUCAUAAUUAUGCCAAAUGAGGAUUAUUAUGUAUUUAUAUUCUACACAUCAGAUAUUGGUAACUGUGUAACAAUAUUUGCAAGUUGUGUCUGCUGAACUGCAAUGUUCAAAAGGCUUGAAACAAAAGUAGGACUCGCUUUAUCCAUUACUAUGAAGUUGUAUCAAAUGAAAGCCUUUAUUUGUGACAAAAUGACCACUGAAAACACAACUUGGAAACUUAAACGCAACACACCGUUAACACACUGCUGCAGUUUAACAUGAACGCUCCAAUGCUUCAGCAUUGGCACCAAACCGGCUUUUUUUUUUUUUUUGUAAUUUCUAGAAUUAGACUAUAAUGCCAAAACAACAUUGUUUAAAACGGUUCAUAAUAGUAAAUCUUUUUUAUUCAAGGAAUAUAAUAUUAAUAAUUGUCGACUUUAAAGCCGCUCCACUACAUCUCGUGGCAUUAACUGACACAUUGGUCUUGAACUUUCAAGAAUGGACCGAUUUAACACUUAUUGACUUGCCUAUACCACCUAUAGAUUUAUUUUUAUUUUUUAAAUCACCCUGAAAAAAAUCGAUAAGGAGAGUCACCCUCACAAUAUCGCACAUGGCUCCACAUUCAUUUUCCCCAUCUCUUUUUUUCUUCUAUAAAGUUAGUCGUUGCCAAUGAUUUUUACCCAGUUUUCUCCCCAAUUUAGAAUCGCCAGUUGUGGUGUUAUUAAUCCUGGUUCACCACUGCAACCCCCCGGCGACUCUGGAAACGGAGGCUGAAACAUGCGUCCUCCGAAGCGUGUUCCUGCCAAUCCAUCAAUCCACAGUGAAGCCAUCAGACCUAUAGUGCCGGAGGACAACACACAUCUGAAUGGCUCCACUGCAGACCCGCAGGUGUCCUAUCAGCCACAGGGGUCGCUGGUGCGCGGUGAACCGUGGAUUGCCCUGCCGACCUAAGCCCUCCCUACCUGGGCGGCGCGCGACUGAUUGUGUGCUGCCCCCUGGGAACCCCCGGCCACGGCCGGCUGUGACAUAGCCUGAUUUCGAACCUGCGAUUUCCAGGCUAUAGGGCGCAUCCUGCAGUCCACGCGGAGCGCCUUUACUGGAUGCGCCACUCGGGAGCCCUUCCACCUCUUUGAAAAAAAAGGUAGUCCCAUUACUUUUUACAUCACUUUCAUUGGCUGAUUUGUUCUACAAAAUCAACAGUCCUUUGAUACAGUUGCUUGCAACAAAGGCCCUGUCUACACCACCUGAUCUGGAGAACCGUAUUCGAAACCACUCUAAUAAAUCCAGUUUAUUUCAAACAGAGCUGACAAAUUACGUGAAUUGUUCAUCCCCGGUCCUACUUAUAACUUGCAUUUCAUUUUUGCAGUCGCCUAAUUUAACGUUGUGCUUUUGUUAUUGUCCCCACUAGUUUUAAUAGAGAUUAGAUAUAAGAGAAUAGAUCUAAUUUAGAACCGAACUCGAGACUACCCCUGAGGUGGUCUCGAGUGUGGUUCUCGAGUACGGUAUUACACACUGUGUAGUGUAGACGCUAGCCGUAUUUAGCACUUUUAAGUAGGUUUAAGGGCAACUAAUACAGUUUAAAGCAGGGGUCUCCAAUCCUGGUCCCAGAGAGCCAGUGUCCCUCCUGGUUUUUGUUCCAACUGUACUCUAAAUUAAUUAAUUGGUCCAAUUUAGCUUCUAAUAAGCACUUCAUUGGUCCAAUUAAAUAAUUUAGGGCAUAGUUGGGACAAAAACCAGGAGGGACACCGGCCCUCCAGGACCAGGAUUGGACAGCCCUGGAUUAAAGGCAUAGUGUGGACAGGGCCUAAGUUGCCUGAAACUUGUAGCUUGCAUGUCACGUUCUACAAAAAAAAGUAUCCCUUUCUACAUUUUUCUAGUAACAUGUAGACUAGUGUCCCCUCAGCUUUAGACAGACAAGACUUACAAAUCAUGCCAGAUUCCAGAAUAGAUAGGCUCCAGAUUGUAGAGGGGAGCACACCAUUCAUUUCAAUAGGGAUUGUAGAGAGGAUCCCACCAUUCAUUUCAACAGAGAUUGUAGCAGGGAUUGUAGAGAGGGUCACACCAUUCAUUUCAAUAGGGAUUUGGUCGAGACCCAGAAGUCUUGCAGUUCAGAAUGCCGGUAUGUAGAGGGUCUGGAUUAGACAGGUUUUACUGUACAGAUGUUUUUUCCAUUUCACGUAGGCACUUAUUAGGGCCCGCUGAUCUGAUCCUUGGUGUCCAAGGUACAAUAAGAAAUGUACGUGUUUAAGUUCUGUUUUGUACAUUCAAAUUCAGAUAACGAAACCAUGGCAGCUUCCUCUGUGUUAGACUGGCAAUAUUAAGCGUAAUGUGAACUAGAAAUUACAAUUAGCAACUUAUUAUUGAAUCGUUGCAGAAUAUGACCCAGGUAACUAUGGAUGGGGUUUAGCAUGGCCUGAAUUCUUGGCUCAGUCUUGACCAUUUUAGUUGCACAUUUUAACAAGGUGAUGAGAUACACGGCUGGGUCCAUGACAGUGCAACAUUUCCUCAGGUACGCUACAGGGGGCUUUAGCUACUCUGUAUUAACUGGGAAUUGAUGUGUUUAGAAGCUUUAGGGGUCAUCUCAAAAUGCUUAUAACAGAUGCUGUUGAAGACAGCAGCCUGUUUUUUUUGGACACGGGGUUCAAAGCGACUUGGGAUUUUAUUAAUCCUUUACUUUUUUUCUUGCUGUUUACGUCUCAUCCGAAGGACGGAGCACAAGAAUGUUAAGUGACUUGGUCAGAGUCACACACGAUGAGUCAGUGGCUGAGCUGGGAUUCAGCUGGGACCCUCCUGGUAAGAAGCCUCUGCUCUAACCACAAUCCUACAUAUGAUCUAGCCUGUUGCAUAUAUCUUUGGGAGGCAACUACAACUGAAGAGCAGCACCUGAACUCAGGUGAUAGCACUCUGACACAGAUAUCCAAAAAAUAAGAAAGUGUUAUUUGCAGAUUACGCAUUAUAGUUAAUAAGGUGAUGCACUAGAUUUUAGGAUUUAAAACACUAUUUGGAAGUAACAUGAUGACAGUUCAGACUCUAUAAUUCUUAGAGCCCCUCCACUACUUGUGCUCCCUGGGGUCAGUUGCAUCAUCAUGAUUCUCUGGGUUCAGCAAAGAUCUCUGAAAAGUGGCUUGCGGAUUCUAAUAUGGACCUUCUGACAUCCAAAUUCCUACUGAUUAACCAACCCGUUGAGUAGCCACUAGGUGGAGUACACACCCUGUUUGAACCUGGAUCCUUUUAAGAAUCCAGUUAACCCCAGGAAGAACGAGCUGUGAAAAUGUAUUCGGGGGAAUGUGCAUGGAAAGCUUGAAAUAACUGUCCUCCUAUGCUGCCAAUUAUUUCCGUGGCUAUUGCUUUCAAACUGUAUGCAGCCACCACAAGGAAUGACAGCACACUAAUCAAGAUGUAUUGGUGUGCUACUUCAAAUGCUCAGUACCUGAUUUCAUGUUUACAAGAUAAAUACAAUAUAAAUAAACUUUUAACUUUAGAAGACACUUGGAUAUUUGAAGACGAUAUGUAUGGCUCCUUUGAACAAAUUGUUUACAUUGUGUACAGAUUUAGACAGCGUAUUGGCAUUCAAUGAGAAGGGCUUGCUUUGUCAGCUUUACUCGUAACACUGGCAGCUACAAUGUGUUUCUGUAACACUGCUCAUACACUGCUGCUGUUCAGAGAGCAGAGCUGUACACUCACUCACUCACUAUACACACCUUGGGUGCAGCUCUUGGAUCCCGGUAGUUUUGAGGAGCUGACCCUUCAAAAGUCUGGUUCAUUUAUUAUUGUGCUUUUUAUAUAAAAUGGAAAAUCAAAGUUGGCUUUAGCUGUGUGUGAUCUGAGAAAUGAUGUGAAAGCUUAAUUUGAAAAAGUACAUUUGUAAGUAUUUUUGUUGUGAGGGCUUCUGUCUUUGUAUCUUUGCAUUACUAUUUGUAAAUGAAAUGUAAUAAAAGUUCAAUUCUUUUCGUCA